AUGCCACCACCUAGCCGCUCAAUACGUCGCUACCACCAUACAGUUCGACAGAGUUUCGGUAUCAUAACGCUCAUCGCUGGCUUUUGCGUAUCCUUCGGCUCCGCAAUAUCCAAUCUCAUUUCGCCCAAUGUAUUUAGGUCAACCAGCUCUCCAAAUCUCAAGUCCGAGUCAAUAGCUUGGACACCUGCCAGGGAGCAAGCAGACUGGAGGAUCUCAAAAGCGACGAUUUUCUACGAGUCUAGCGAGAAGACAUAUAACGCACACAUUCUUGCCCUUCACGACUUCCACGACGAGUAUUUCAACUACAAGACACAUGCCCUACGUACACCGCUUGUCCUCGGUGCUCUCAACAAAUUCCUCUACCUCCAAUCACUCAUCACCAAUGAACUUCAGAAACCAGUUGAGCAGCAAGUAGAAUGGAUCCUUUGCUUCAACGGCGCUGUCAUUCUCGCGAAUCCUCACACACCUCUACACCACUUCCUACCACCUAUUACUGAUGUCGAAACCUUUAAAAGCCUUUCCAUCGUCGCUGCAAAGUCUGAAAGCGAUUAUCUAAACACUUCAGUCUUCUUCAUCCGAGUUAGCGGCGGUUCAUUACGUAUCUUGACCGAAGCCAUGGAAACGGUAUACAAUGCGCCAGAUACCGAAGGAUACGGGAAUGAAGAUACCGAUAAAGGCCUUCCAUCAACAGCUCUACAAGACAUUUUAUACAGAGAGCACCAUAGAGAGGAAGUGAUCUUCCAGCCGCGGGAAUGGUACAACAGCACCACGUCCCUAUUUUAUCAACCGUAUUUUCCCUCGCCAGCUCACCAUCUCGUCCCCAUCUCGGAAACCUUAGCAGUCGACGAUGAACAAAGGCCAAUGUUCCCAGAUGCAGAGACAGUGCAUGGUUUUUGGCAUACCCUCAGUGAAGCGAGACGUGUGUUGGACGAAGCAAAAGAGAAGGGUCAUACAAAUGGACAGGGUAGGUGGUGGGACAUGGUCGAGGAGGUGAAAGAGUGGGUUGAGUUGCGGGCUUGGGAUACGGAUGAACUGGAGAGCAGAGUCACGGUGUUGAAGGUCGGCUUGAAUGACGCUGUACGAAAAUCCCCAGCCAAGGGUGAUUCUUGCCACCUUCCAAUCAUGUAUCAUGGAUGA